AUAUCGUUUCUGGAAUAUGAUUAUACCAAGUAUUACAAAUUACUUAAACAGUUGAGUUCAUCUUGCAGUAGCCGACAACAUCGUCAUAUUGAAGAUCCCCCAUUACUCAAAAGUCGAGAGUUCAGUAAAUCGGCACUUGUACUGACUUCAGACGACCAAGACGGUGGAGGAUUGUACCCACCAACUAAACUAGACUACCGUCCAAACUCACAGCAGGCCAAAUAUGCAUGGGGAAGUUCAGUGCUAAAUCUGUUGCGACUCAGAUCAAGAACAGUUGAGCGAGGAGGCGAGAUGAUGGAUAGCGAGCCGCAAGCGACUGCAGCCAAACGUACUUCAUCAACCCAUCUUGCAGAUAAUACGGUGAAGCGAAACAAAACCAAACAUAGGCACAGUCGCUAUGGAAAAAGUGACAUGGCGUUUGAAUCCAACAAAAAACAGGAAGAAUUUUUCAAGCAACAGUUGUGUCACAUCGAAUCUCAAACAGAGUACCUAUCAGGAACAUUGAAAUGCGAAGUGACUGGUAUUUCCGGUCCAUGUGACUAUUUCAACAAGGAUGAAUUCAAGGUCACUCUCAAACAUGGUCCACCAAUUUUAGCGACGCUGUUCGAACUUAACGAGACAAUACCAAACUACAUUCCAGUCCAUCGGAGCACUGUCAACUUGGCCGAAAAAGGUACUGUUGAGGAAAAGUGGGUCUUACAUGGACGUGUAAACACUACUCCUCCGUCAAGUCAGGGACACAAAGAUGAUGUAUACAAAGAUCGCGUACUUAUGCGAAACAGUUCCUGUUCAAACCAGACUUGGGACAAUCCAGCCUACGUGUUUAGUCCUGCGAUCGACAGCGUGUUCACUUUGAAGAUAAUCGAGAUCAAACGACUGGGGAAGAGCGAGUUGCUUCAACAUCAGGCAUUUGACCUGCUGGAUUUGCUGAAACCCAAAUGUUACGAAGUUUCGGUGAACUUGAAACAUAGUGGCCGUGUUCGAUUUAAUUUUCUGGUCGAAUGGAGCCCACUUGCAGACACAGACGACCUUAAUUUCGUAUACUACAUGCCAACCCAUCUUCGGAAGUCAAAUUCUAAUAGUGAAUCAAAGCAAAAGUACCCCAGUAUACGGCAGCAGCUCAACGCUCGAGACCGAAGCACAUCCGCAGAGGUAAAAUCCAGUGGAAGCAACCUACAUUCUACUGAAGCGGGUCAUGUGAACAAAUCAUGGCAAACGAGCCCGGGGGCAGACCAGACACCCUCUACAUCCACAGACUCCUCGGUCGAUGUGAGUCGAACCAGAUCCUGCACGCUGCGAACUUCAGGUGAACGAAUCCCAGCGUGGCAGCCACAACUCUCUCAGGCCCGAUCAAGGGAGGUCACCAUCGUUGGCUUACAUCAAAAUCACCACGGUGAACGACAUUCUCAUGACAAACCUAGGCUGAGACACUGGAUCUCAAUGCCAGACCUCGAGGAAAAGAAUUUGGAGGAGCCUCGUCAGAAGCCUAGACUGCGGGGUCCUAGAAACUCCGUCAUAAAUGACACGCUGGAUACCGGGUUUUUAUUGAAUGAGGAAUCAGAUCUUGAUGCAGUAGUGUCACAAGCACAAAUCGUGGUUCUGGAACCAUCAAUAACUUCCGACAUAGUGUUACAUCUGCCCAAAACCAAUACUGCCCGGACAAGUGAAACUCAAGCAAAACCCGCGAUAUCUGAGAGAUUCCAAAAAAUUUACUAUAAGCUGAGCCUUCUGCAAAAUCCUCAUUCGGCUUUUCCUCGUUUGUUGCAGCGGUUGAAGUCGGAACUGAGAAAUCUCGAAACCGUAAUUGAGCAGACAUCUUUAAAAACGCCCACAAAAGUCAAGGAUAAGGUGUCAAAAGAUUUUCGAUGGACGGACAAAUUUCAAGCCAGUCGAACAAAGCCUGUCCCCGUAAUCUCCACACCAGAAAGCUGCGAAAUUGGAAAGGUUGAUACUUUGACACAGCUGUGGGAGUCGUUUGCAUUCUUAGACGAAAAGAAGGACGGCAGAAGGAAAUCCAAUGAAACCAGUUCUAUCUCGUCCAUAACUCCCUCUAAAGAGGAUUCCACCGUUGUGAAAACUACCUUGUCUGGAAGCCUAUCUAGUGGCUGUCCAGAGCUGGAUAAUGUCAUCGAUUGGCAUCUCAACUAUGUGGACCACCUGCUAAGUCGUCUUGGUACACCAAACUACUCCCACGAAAGCAUGCGAGUCGUGGAGAACUCGUUUACUGCUUUCGUCAAUGCGUCACAGAUGGGAUUGCGCAAACCUCUCAAUCUGGCUCGCACACCCAUUCACGCAUAUUUUAGUGGUCUUGCUCUGGCUGGACAAGCCGAUGUUUUGCGUGAGCUGUCGGACCUCGUCAGCGAUGGUGCAGGGGAUCCGUAUGAAGCCAUGUGCAGAUACGUCCUUCGCCUCAUUGGAAAAAAGGGUCCAGAGGCUCCUAGUGAUGAGUGCACUCGUUUAAUGGAACCGUUGGUUUGGUCUGACAUGACGAAUGGUUGUCCGGGCGAAGACCGGGAUGAGAACAGACCGAUUCCGCACUUCAUUUUGCGUCUCAGCAGCCUACAAACACGACUCGUUGAGUUCUACUCCGACUAUAUUUCCAGCCAAUGGCCAAACCUUGAUGUUAAAAACGUGGUUGAAACACUGCUAGAAGACCUCUGUGACAUCGAGAUCAAUGGUGAAACCCAAACUACCAUACCACUGACACAACUCAAACAACGGCUCAAGCUUUCUGCGGCUUCAUAUGGAAAUUCGCGAACUGGUGACAACUUCAACAAUCGACUGCUACAAGUUCUGUCCUACUUGGCUGGUCAAAGUCAUGUACAAAUGAAAUUAAGAGGACCCACUGCUUCACAGAUGUUAUCUGCUCUGCCCUACUUCAAACGCUCGUAUCAGACACUGUUUGGCCUUUAUCAAGUUAAACGUGCCAACCAGCAGACGGCCAAUGCUCAGAUGUCCACUGGUCAGGCGUUUGACUGUAUUGAAUUUCGACAGCUACCCCUAAUUGCAGGAUAUUCCACAAAAACCUGGCUGGAUGUGGUAUCCCUGAUCGACAGUGCAGACAGUGAAGUUUCAAAGAAAGCUGUCAAGCUAUUGUGUGAAAUCGACCGACAGAUGUGCGAAGUUGCUGCACAACUUAGACAGAGGACGGAACACUCGUUCCGUACAGAUCAGACAUUUGAACUGCCCAUGCUUUUAUCGGCUGGCCCUCCAGUACACUGCACAAUGGCGUUGAUGGAAUUAUUUGCACAAUCGAUCGAAUCGACCGGCUUUUUUCCACCUUUAUGGACCAGUAUGAUAUGGGGAAUAGAACAACAAACGCUACCGGAAAAACGUCGCCAAUGUUUGCGGGGACUAGCUCUACUUCUAGAACAGCAACAUCGCCGAUUAAACUGGCGAGCUGGCACAGGAUUCAGACCGAACUCCCGAUCAGAAACAGAGAUAAUUGAAGCAUUGUCCGUUGCAGCAGGAUCCAUGUUGGUCACGCAUCUAAGUGUGAACGAUUUGGAUAAAGAAAUCAGAGAAAUUGCAAGACGAGUGCUCCGGAAAUUGAAGGUUCAAACUGCUGCGAAGCAAACAACGCCACAAGGACAACAAGUUAGAAUGGUGUGGGGACGACUGUUGAACAAAUGAGAAGCAAGUCCAUUUACGCACCCAAGUUGAAGCGUACCGAGCCAUGAGGAAUUUUCUGCGCGAAACAUGCCUCCUGGUGAUACUCAACAUUGACUGGAUUUGUAACUUAUUUCGUCGAUUCGUUUUUUUACUUAUGCCAACAGAUGUACAGUGACAAAUAGGUUCCUGUCAAGUAACAAAUUCCCCUGACAAACCCACAAAUAAAUGUAUCAAUGUUACUUCGC